AUGCGCAUUGAUAGAGAAGGGGUACCGGUACCUCACCAAUUAAAUGUUUGCUCAACCCAAAAUACAGCCCUGGUCUUUGGUUAUUCAUCGAUAGCUACCGAUGUUCCAAAUUCUGAAGAUAUCAAUGAUAGAAGACAUGUCGAUCAGUUUAGAGAGAAACGAAGGGUUUUGGAGAGCCGGUGGGAAUUGGAGAGGCGGGAAGUGGCGGAAGUGGGAGACACGGCGAAGGACUACCACGACCCACCACCGGUGUCAUUCAUAGAACCCAAGGAGCUGACCAAGUGGUCAUUGUACAGAGCUGUGAUUACCGAGUUCAUUGCCACCCUUCUCUUCCUUUACGUUACUAUCUUAACAGUUAUCAGUUACACGGGUCAGAUUGAAAAGGGCGCUGAUCCCUGCGGCGGCGGCGGUAUCCUCGGUAUUGCUUCGGCCUUCAGUUCCAUGAUCUUCGUUCUGAGAAAUUAA